ACGGUUGAUCCAAAAGGGCCGAAACGGCAUUCUCCAUUAGUGUGCAAUAAAACGACGUCGUUUGCAUAUAACACCAAUCGGAUUUUAACCGCCAGAGAAAGAAUUGGGCGAGUUCACUUUAAAAAAUCGUGGCCUCUGUUCCUCAUUUCUUUUUCUUCUGUUCCUUCUUCUCCACCCAGAAUUUAGAGCUAAGAAAAGGGUGAACAUACAGAACAUACACAUUCAGAAAUGGGGCUGACAUUCACGAAGCUCUUCAGCAGGCUCUUUGCCAAGAAAGAGAUGCGAAUUCUGAUGGUGGGUCUUGAUGCCGCUGGUAAGACCACCAUCUUGUACAAGCUCAAGCUUGGAGAAAUCGUUACCACCAUCCCCACUAUUGGAUUUAAUGUAGAGACAGUAGAAUACAAGAACAUUAGCUUCACAGUUUGGGAUGUUGGGGGUCAGGACAAGAUCCGCCCACUAUGGAGGCACUAUUUCCAGAAUACUCAAGGUCUUAUUUUUGUUGUUGAUAGCAAUGAUAGGGAUCGAGUUGUUGAGGCAAGAGAUGAGUUGCACCGAAUGUUGAAUGAGGAUGAACUGAGAGAUGCUGUUCUGCUCGUAUUUGCCAACAAACAAGAUCUUCCUAAUGCAAUGAAUGCUGCAGAAAUAACAGACAAGCUUGGUCUCCAUUCUCUUCGCCAACGCCACUGGUACAUCCAGAGUACAUGUGCAACCUCUGGGGAAGGUCUUUACGAAGGGUUGGACUGGCUCUCCAACAACAUUGCUAGCAAGGCAAGUCUACAAAAAUGAAUUUGCUAAGAAUAAUUGUGUUCAGUUUCUUGAAUACAUUGUUUGCGGUAUGUGUGCAUAUACUGUUUUCUGACAAACCUUCCUCGUCUUUGCAGGCAUAAGGUUUGAGACAGUUCUAAGAUUUUCGUGUUUUGCCAGCCACCUAUGGGAAGGAUGGUUUUCUUUAAUUAAGUGAAUAUUGUAAUAGCAGACAGUUUGGCUAAACUUUGGAUUAUGUAAUUCAAGUUCAGGUUUUAUAACCAUCACCUUUAGCUAUACUUUUUACUUGUUUAGUUGUAAGCAAAAGCUGCUAUUUUAUAAUGGAAUUAUGUGAGUCGUGUUCAGGACAA